UUUAAUGCUAUGGAUGCUUCGUGAAAUACGGCAAUUUAUUAUUUGUUGGCUACAAUAUUGCGUUUUGCCAAUUAUAAUCUAAAAAAUAAGGUUCGAAUAGACGACACAGCAACGUUUAAUGUUGAUCAUUUUCAUUUAAAACGUUAAUUAAGCCUGCCAAGGAUAUAUCAACUCAAAUUUGGAUGAAACAAACUCGAAUAUUGUUAUUUGAAACUGAAAAUAUGUCUCGGAUUGCCAGAUUCAAUUCACUAUUUGGUGGGUCAAUGCUAGAUCUCCAUACUAUUGAAGAGGGAAAGGAGUUUACUACAGCUAAAGAAAAGUUAGUAAGAACAUACACGACAAAGACCACCUCGUUAAAAAAGAAAGCGCUUGGACAAUUUCGAGCUAAUUCAAUAUGUGCAGAACCUAUCAAAGAAGCGAGAAGAAAGAAAGGAUAUUUGGUAAAAAAUGGAUCCGUUUGCUAUGACAACCCGACAAUAAAAGAUAGUUCACCAGCUUCAGAUCUUGCUGCAAGACGAGGUGUAUUCAGUAGAAGGCAUUAUGGAUCGGUUGAACUGCUCUGUUCAUGUGAUAAUGAUGGCGUCGAAAAUGCAGGAAGAUUCAGAGUUGAGACGGGAGAUCGAGAGGUUGAAGACUUCUCUAGCCCACUCAACAGUCCCGUGCAUCUUGAAAAUCCAGAGUCACAGACAAGAUGGUACUUCAGAUACUUUCUUGGAAAAAUGCAUCAGAACUACGUAGGGACAAUAGACUCAAGCUCAAAGGACCCAUUCUUUCUGUCAGUUGUAGUGACUGAUGCUAAUAACCACAAUGUGCCUCAAUAUAGGGCGAUAUUGUGGCGAACUACGGGCACACAAAAGAUCUGCUUACCUUACAAUCCAAAUAAGCCGAACACUGUGAAAGCAAUCUUAAGCCAUUUUGAUCUUCAUAAGCUGGACAAGGGACCAAAAGAGAUAUUCAAUCCAGAGAUUCAGAAAGAAUUAUUGGUCCUAGAGGAACAAGAGGGAUCUGUGAAUUUCAAGUUCGGUGUCGUGUAUUGUAAAGAUGGACAAUCCUCUGACGAUGAUAUGUAUAACAAUGAGAUUGGAAGUCCUGAAUUCCAACGAUUUCUCAAUCUCCUUGGCGACAGGGUGCCAUUGAAAGGAUGGGAGCAGUUCAGGGGCGGUCUUGAUGUCAAAACAAAUUCAACUGGUGAGGAAUCUAUAUAUACAGUAUACGAAGGGCAUGAAGUAAUGUUCCACGUAUCCACAAUGUUGCCCUUCUCCGACUCAAAUAAACAACAGGUUGAGAGAAAAAGACAUAUCGGAAACGAUAUAGUAAAUAUCAUUUACGUAGAUGAAUGCGAUUCUAACAAAAUGCCGUCAUUUCGGCCUUCCUCCAUGAAAACUCAAUUUACACAUAUUUUUGCAGUAGUGACUUUUGACAAAGAUAAUGGAGUUUACAAGCUAAUUGUAUAUUCUGAAGAAACAGUGCCUUUGUUUGGACCUCCUUUACCCAGUCCUCCAGUAUUCGAGGAUUUUGAUGAAUUUAGAGAUUUUCUACUUGUCAAACUUCUAAAUGGGGAGAAAGCCGCCUUUAAUACGCCAGUGUUUGCUCAAAAGCGUCACAGGACUUUAGAAAUGCUCAUUAGAAACUUGCACGAGGAAUAUUUACCAGAGAGCUCAAAGAAUAAUAUGCUUAACCGGAGGGCGUUUAGCGAUGUGAUUCCCGAUGUCCAUAGCUCCAGACGAAAGGAGGAGGCUAGAUGUGCUGAGUUCUUGCGGAUAGGACAGGCACUUAAAUUGAAAAUUAUUCUGAAAGGUGAUGCACCUACGAGUAUGAUUACAACGGGUCUUCUUAGGCGAGAGCCCUGGGAGCCACAAUGCUUUCAUCAUGGAUUUCCCUACUCGAUUAUAUGUGGGGACUCAUGGGGAGAUAAACUAAUCGUUGCAACAGAGGCGGGAACCUUUGUCAUUGAAGAGGAUUUGCCUCCGCGGCUGAUAUUUGAUAAGACGAUACCUAUAAAGCAGUUGACGGUUGCAGAGCCAUACGGUCUUCUAAUUAUACGUUCUGAGAAAGGACGAGAGGGUAGAAUAAAUGUGUUCAGACUUACGGAAUUUGAAGGUGAACAAAACGACAAUCUUGUCAGGACAAAGGCGGACUGCAAAGAUCACAAAAUGGAAAGGAGUAAAGGGUGCCAUCUAUAUGCAGUAAGUCGGCCUGGUGGCAGUCACCUGCGGUUGAUAAUAGCAGUUGGGAAGAAACUGUUGUUGUACACAUGGAAACAUUCAGCCGCUUGGGCAGCCUGGUGCCAUUCUACAGACACCGACACCGUGGAUGGAUUCCAGUUUAUUAGGGAAUUACAAGCAUUUGAACAGCCCCAACUCAUCACGCUUAUAGAUGGCUCACAUGGCGACAAUCAGAUAUGCGUCGGCUAUAAGAGCCAGUAUGACUUGGUUAACGAGAAAAAUGGAGACACGCUUCAGCUGUAUAAUAUUGAAGCCAAUCGCGUCAAUAUGGUGUCAUCAAUUGACAUAUAUGAGGACGAUGAAGCGGAGUUACUACUCACAUAUAAUCAUAUCAGCCAUUUUCAGAAGUUGACAGAAGAGAGCUCACAGGAACUUGAUUUCCAUUGGAAUUCUGAACCUCAAGCCAUGGUCUGCGCUUUCCCUUACAUCAUGGCUUUCACCCCGGAUACGAUCGAAAUCCGUUUGAUAAUCAACGGCAACCUGGUUCAUACAAUGACAAUGCCAGACCUAGGACUGAUUACAUCUAAAUGCGAUGUUUACUUUAUAUCCUCUGCUCACGACAUGUAUAUUCACAGCCCAACAGAACGGUGCAAGGAUGCCUAUAGUUUCUCACCACCACCCUCGCCUUCAGUUCAUGCAGCAAGUCCAUUCAACAUAUACAAGAUUCCGCUUUUGUGUCUGGCUGGUCAAAUCACUAACGAUAAGCCUCUCCAUGAUUCUCCCACCACACCUCAGCCUCAAUCCAUGUUAUCUCCACUUGUGAUGUCACAAAGUCCCGGAUAUGGAACGAAGAGCCCUCUAUCGAAAGGCAUAAAAGUAGCACCCAGUUUGAAUAAUACUUCAACAGAGGUAGUCUCAGAUACUCAACAUUUUACGUUUUAAACAUCGCACAGACUCCAGUAGUUCAAGUGCUGACUCAGGAAUCCAUCUCAAGACUGGCGAAUCCCCACCACACAGCCCCCGUAUACACUUCGCUCUUUCUCUGGAAGACGACAAUGUCGAAGAGACGGACAUUUUAUAAGUGACUCUGCGUUACUAUCCGGAGAGCUUUUGGAUGGACUCAUGGAAUGAGUGAUUUGAUAAUGACGUUUUUUGGAUUUUGGACAAUAUGGCUGGUCUGCAAUUACAGUAGAUCCAACAUAAGAGUUCAGUGAUUCGUGGUAUUAUGUUUAAACGUUGAGCUCAUAAAAGACAGAGAUUGUGAUCAUGACGUUGUGGAAAUACUCGAGGAGUUAUGUGUUUUGCCGUUUUUGCUCACAUGUACACUGUUUCUCAUUUAUGUCAGCUAUUUUCCGAUUUACAUUCGAUUUCUAUUUUAAGACACUUCACGAGAAAUGAAUAAAACGCUAUUGUGCUUCUAAUGAACAACAUUUGAUUAUUUUUCAUUUCUAAGGAAUUAAUCCCUAAAAUUUUACUGAAACUGUAAUUUGUCGAUACAACUGGACAUUUUAGAACAAUCAGGUUUGCAUAUACCGUCAUCCAUUAAAACCUGUGUUAUGGUUAUAGUUAAGAAGGUGCAUUGUUUUAUGUAAAGUGCCAACAUUCCAGAUAUAUGAGCAAUGGUGUAUGUGAACUUUACAUUUUGAGUACUUGGUGAAUUUGAAAUAUUAACAUAUUGUGUAAUGAUUUCAGGAUCUAAAUAUAUCUAUUUGAGAACACAA